AUGUCCUUCGUCGGUUGUAAGGAUUUCAAGCUAGUUGGUGGUGUUUAUAACCACGUCCAUGGAAACCAGAAUCACACUGUCGUCCAUACGACCAAUAAUACCCGUGAUUCGAACAACAAUUAUAACACGACGAACUACGGAGAUCGGUGUGUGACGAACAAUGGCGGUCGUAUUAUAAUGAAUCCGGGCGAAGAACAUAGGCCUCGAGGAAAGACCAAGAAGAAACAUCGCUCAGUUGCUCAAGGUGUAGGGUACGGCUACCAGGAUUCAUCCCCCCAAAUAUCAACUCAGAACCUCGAACAACAACCACAACAGCUUCGGCUUGACCAACCACAAGCGCAGUUUCCAUCUCCUCCAGGAGGAUACGGUGGAUUUCCCCAGUGGAAUCAGCAUCAGCAACCUUAUCCGUGUGCGGCUGGAAGUGCAACCGAACCGUCGUAUUUCCCUCUACACCCACCUCUACCUUUUGGACACUGGCCAAGUCCGACGAUGCAUGCGAACGCCCCUUAUCAUCAUCCCAACCCUUCCAACCCCUCCUACUCUCUAGUAAACCCACCUAUUCCUACAGCGUCAGCGCCUCCAAAUCUAUACCCGUACGCUGGACCUGCGCCGGGGUACGAUUCUCACCGUCCUUAUUCAUCCACAUAUCUGUCACCUCAAAGUCAGACCGGUAUGGGGUCUCAUACCCAAGCUCAGAUCCACCAUUCUCCUCCCUACGACGGGUCGCACGUCCAAAGUCAGAACCAGAAUUGGAACGGGAACGGGAAUUGGUACAAUUCACUUCCUUUGCAGGAGCAUCAACACCAUCCGUCAUCGGGUGCUCCGUCGCUGGUGCCCGUGGAUAAUGCGCCGUACCCUCGUUCUGCGUGGUCUGCGCCUCCUCACGACCACGCCCAAGUUCAGGUACAAGGUCCGCAAGGGGUCUCGGCUUCAGCUGGGAAUGAGUUGAAUGGGCAUGGAUUCCCGAAACCCGAGUCUCAGGGCGGAGCUUUUGCUCGGAAGAAAAUGGAUCCUUGGAUGAAUCCUAAGAACCCGUUUAGUAUGGCGAGCGCGAAUGUGGACGGGAGGGAUGUGUCCAACUCUUUACCUUCAUCUACGGGUACGGAGAGGGCCAGUGGUGAGGCGGAGGACGGAAAGGAAGAGGAGGAGGAUCUCAAGGUUAAGGCUAACGACAGAGAAGGAGUCUGA